GCCACUUAUUCGAGUCCUCUACAUAUACACCAAAUGGAAUCACCACAUAAUAACAAUAAUAACAACGCAGAAGCGGGUGAUCAUGAUAUUAUCAACAAUGAUGAUGGUGAUGAUGAUGUAUAUCAUGACAUUGUUAGUAGUAACAUUCUUGACUCUGGACAUUGUAAUAUUCUUCAUGUAAGGCCUCUUCUUAACAUUAUGGAUAUCAUCUUUAAUAAUGGCGUAACUGAUCAUCUUUCUGCUCAAAUAUUUAUCAUGGGUAACAAUAUGGCUGCAACCGAAUUGCCUGAUCAUUAUCAAAGCAUGCACAAAGAACUUCCAAGAAGGAUGAUUAGAGCAAUCUGUGAGAUACUGAACAAGUGUUGGGAUGGUGGAGUAGAUCAAAUACAGAUGAUAACGAAAGAGAUAUUGCAUAUAACGAAGCAAUACAAGUGGGAUGCAAAGGUGGUGUUAGUCUCACUGGCUUUCGCAACGUCCAUUAGUCAGUUUCCGCUUGUGCUGUGCCAUUACAAGACCAAUCCACUGGCCAAUGCAGUUGCUCUUCUCAAUCAAUAUUUUCCCCAUUUUAGUUUGGAGCAUGAAGUGGUCGAUGCAUUCUUUACACUCAAUAAACAAAUUCUUGAUGUCACCACCAAAGUUGUCGAUUUUUAUGACUUUCCUCUUCAUAACUUCUUUACUGAUGAAUCGCCUGAAAUCUUGGCUGCCAAUUCUUAUAUGCCCUUUGCUGUUUAUUGGAUCAUUCGAAGUAUUGUGGUUUCUCUAACACAAAUUUUGACAUUCACAUACAAGAGAAUCGUCUUGCUAAAAUCAGAGCAAUUGAAAUCAGCUAAAAAACUCAACGACAUAAAAGGCCGUCUUUUGGAGCUAAUUGAAAACCGUAACAGAUCUGCCAAAAACAAAAAAAGCAGUACUGCUGACAGAUAUCAAGAGUUGUUGGAAAUUUUAUUAGGAUCAUCAUCAAACACUACAGAUAACUCAAAGACCUUGAACAUUUUGUUUGACAAACCAGGACUUCAUGACUGCUACUACAAGAAAAAGGUCUCUAAUAAAGAUUUGACUAACAAAGUUGUAGCAUUGUUCAUCACGGAUUUGGAAAAUGAUCUCACAACUGGGGCUGAAUGUGCAAUCAUUCAACAAAUGUACAUGGAAAAAUGGCACAAUCCAUCACGUAUAUCAAGUAAUUUUGAGGUUGUUUGGGUGCCAAUUAACCUGGAUUCUAAUAACAGUUGGAGUGAGGAGAAUAUGGAAUUGUUUAAGAGGCUAAGGGACCAGAUGGAAUGGUAUUCAGUGGAAGAUCCUUCAAAACUGGAUUUAAUGGUUGUUAAGUUCAUCAUUGGGCAUUUGAACUUUUUAGAAAACCCUCUGUUAGUGAUAUUGGACACACAAGGAAAAAUUGUACAUAACAAUGGAAUAUACAUGAUGUGUACAUGGGGAAGCCUGGCAUACCCUUUUACUACUCACAUAGAAGAAUCAUUGUGGGAGGAAAUGAGUUGGUCCAUUGACCUUUUGGUGGACAACAUGGACUUAAAUAAGGACAUUUGGAUCCUAGAGGGAAAACACAUUUGCUUAUAUGGAGGAGAUGAUGUGAAAUGGAUUAAGAAGUUUAUCAAGACUGCAAAAGUUGUUGCUAACACAGCAAGGGUUGAUUUAAAGUUUCUUUAUGUGGGGAAAAGCAAACUUAAGAAGAAAUUGGUAAAAGUUAUUGACAUUAUUCGAAAGGAAACUUUCAGCAACUCACUUGAUUGGAACAUUAUAUGGUAUUUUUGGGUACGGUUGGAGAGCAUGCUGUACUCCAAAAAACUACACCAGAGAGGGAAUUGGGACUCUAUAUUGCAGGGGAUUAUUACGUUGUUGAGGUUUGACUCUGAACACAAAAAUUGGGCCAUAAUAAGUAGUGAAUCUGGUGAGAUGGUUAUGGCUGAUGGGCAACGUAUGCUCAUGGGGUUGCGUGAGCUUUUGAAGAUGAAAUCAAGAGAUAAAAUUAAAGGCUGCUUUGUCCCUGCUCUGAAUGAGUACAUCAACAAUACUUGUUCUGCUCCUUCUGCAGCCUUAGAUAUAUUUGCUAUCACAAUGUCAAAAAAAGACUAUGAAGUAUUUAAUGUUGUUGAAUGCAUUUUGGAAACAUCAAACCUGCAUGACUCAAAGUAUAGGAGUGUUUUAUUCAACUUCAACUACACUCAUAAAGCAAUAUUCAACGAUUUAUACAGCAAGAAACGGAUUUCCAACUAUAACUUGAGAAGGAAGGUUGUAGUGUUGUUCAUUACAGAUUUAGACCCUGAGCUCCCACUUGGAUUUGAAUAUGCAAUUUUGAAGAGAAUAUACCAUGAAAAGUGCAACAACCCAACCAAGACUGAGAGUCAAUUCGAUUUAGUUUGGGUACCAAUUAUGGAUCAUUGGGCUAGUGAGGAUGGUAAGACUUUUGAAAGCCUUAGAGAACACAUGGAAUGGUAUUCAGUGCACCAUCCUUUGAUGGUGCCUCUCAAAGUAAUAAGGUACAUAAAAGAAAAGUGGAACUUUACCAAGAAGCCUCUGAUUGUGGUGAUGGAUACACAAGGCAAAAUUGUGCACAGAAAUCCUAUCCAUGCAAUGUGUAUUUGGGGUACCCAAGCAUUUCCUUUUAGUACCGAUCAAGAGACAUUGAUGUGGAAGAAUACAAAAUGGUCAGUCGACCUUUUAAUGGACAACCUUGAGCCAGAUAUGCUUAAUUGGGUGCAAGAGAAUAAGCAUGUGUGCUUGUAUGGAAGUGAAGACAUAGAUUGGAUCAGAAAUUUCACAACGGUGGCAAAAAAUGUUGCAAGAGAAGCUAACAUUACCUUAGAGUUAAUUUACGUUGGAUGGAGCAACCCUUCUGAUAAGGAGAAAGUUAAGAAUGUUAUAGAUAUAAUUGUACAAGAGAACCUAAGCAGAACACUUGAGUGGGACAACAUGUGGUACUUCUGGAUGCGACUUGAGAGCAUGUCCAAAUCUAUAAAACAACAUCUUAAGCCCAAGAAUAUGAUGAAUGACCCUGUAAUCAAAGGGAUCGAUGCAAUGCGUGGCUAUGGCUGGGGGGCAGUGAUCGGCAUGGGACUUAGCAAGAUGGUCAUAAGCAGUAAUUUUUGCAUGCUCAAUGCCUUAGUCUCAUAUGAUAAGUGGAAAUCAAGGAAGGACGUGAUCGGGUUUGUGCCUGCAUUAGAGGAGUACAUCAAUUCGUGGUUCAGGACUUUUGAAUACAUGAGUGAUGACCAACAUCAUGUUUUGAGGAUGCAUGAUGAUGCAUACGAUUUGGAUCGGCUUAGGCGUUAUUUUGUGCUUUUGGAACAGUCCCUAAUAGAGCACGUAUUGGAGAUGAUUGAACGCAAGUACUCAAACAACGUCCCCGAUAACCUGAAGUCAUUGUAUACUUUGUUCUCCUUCUUCUUCAAGUAUGGCAAGCCUCAACUCUACGAUGGUUCCACCAAGACAAGGUAUGAUGACUUGGAAAAGCUGAAGGGGAAAGUUGUAGCUUUAUUCAUUACUGAUGUAGAUGUUGAACUCACAAACAGAGAUGAAUACUUACUCAUGUGUCAGAUGUACUUAGAAAAGAAGCAGUGUAACAAUAAGUACGAGGUAGUUUGGGCCCCAAUCAAAAUAUUCUGGGACAACGAUCUAGUUAAAUUGUUUAUGACCAUGAGAGAGAAAAUGGAGUGUUACACGAUCUACAAUAGUGUGGCGCUUUCUCCUGCCAUAAUCAGCUCCAUCAUAAAGAAAUGGAAGUUCAAUAUUGAGAAGCCUAUGGUGUUGGUUUUAGAUGAGAGAGGUCAAUAUGUGCAUUACAAUGCCCUUUACAUGAUGGGCAUAUGGGGCAUUAGAGCCUACCCUUUCUCAUAUGUUAGAGAAGAAGAAUUGUGGGAGCAAAACAAUUGCUGGAACUUCAACUUUAUCCUUCACCGCCUCCACCCAGACAUCACUAAUUGGAUGGUAGAGAAGAGAUACAUAUGCUUGUACGGAGGAGAUGAUAUUGGGUGGAUACGAAAAUUCACUAGGGCCGCAAAAGAAGUAGCUCGCCGAUCCCACAUCCCCUUGGAGUUGCUUUACGUGGGAACAAGAAGUAAGGAUCCUCUGGCAAAUGAGAAAGCUAGGCUUAACAUUAUCGAUAUGGUUUCUAACGAGAACUUGAGCGUAUCACUUGAUAUUAAGCUUAUGAGACAAUUUUGGAUGAGGAUUGAGAGCAUGAAUUACUCCAAGGAACAGCUUAUGGCAGAGGACCUCAUGUCCGAGAGGAUUUUUGAAAUGUUUCACUAUGGAUCUAAUGAGAAAGGUUGGGCCUUGAUUAGCAGAGGUGAAUAUGAUGAUGUGGUCAUGGGUAAUGGGGAUCACAUGUUCUUGGUUUUUGUCGAACAUCUUAGGUGGAUACUAAGGGAGAAGAGGUUGGGAUUCCUUCCAGCUCUUGAUGUUUACCUCCGAAAGAUACAACAUGAUGAUAUGACACAACAAAUCACCAUAAGUUUCCCUCCCAAUUUCUACAUUUCCAAAUUGGUGUGCUUUGUAUGUGGUCGUGUAAUGUCCAAGUACAUUAUGCUCGUUCACUCUAGUGAUGGAGAAUGAUUUGCUUCUAUUAAUAAAAUAAACAGAAACUAAUGUAA